AUGGUCUUAAUCUGCCCUACAGCAGUAGUAGCACUUUUUAUUGUGGAACUGAAUUCCACCCUUUAUCAAGAUCUUCCGACCGAUGCGAGUUUCAUUCCUCUGGAAAAUCACGAGCUUGUCGUUUCUGGAAGAUAUCCACAAGGGUCUACCAUUAACUCAAGCUUUAACAAUGUGCACUUAUUGCAUAUACAAGAUGAUCCAUUCUACAAUCCCUAUUUUGCUCUCAACAAGCAAUCAAGAACACUGCAGAACAAAAUAGCAAUUAAUACAAUACAGGGAAAUACUUCCUUCAUUGGUACAUUUUUGAUGGCUGUCAACAAACAAAACCAGUCAAAAGUGAACACUUUGUAUUGUGUGACGUACUGUAUUGGCAACAUCACUGAACUGUCGAUGCAUGAAGCCUGCUAUGAUUCAAUCAGCUCAGAAGCCCUUCACGCCACUGUGAAUGGUUCAUUGUUGUCUCAGCAUGUUUAUGAAUCAAAUAUCAGUCAACAUGCAUCUGUUGCCUACAAUGUGCUGCAGCUUUCACUGACACCUGGGAAUAAGUCGAACGUUACCUUUGCUCUCUUGGAGUGUAGUUCAAGACUGUUUUUUGUGGAUGAUAGAGGCGUGCUAAGAACUGGACGACAACUCGUUGAAGAAGACAUUGCAAUUCACGAGUUAAAGAUUGCUGCUUCAGCCAAGAUUUCGGAUGUGCCUCAGUUGGAACUUGCAUUGGCAACGGUGAAAGUCAUAGAGGCAAAUACCUUCCCCCCAAUAUUUGAAGAGCCCGACGGGUAUACUUUUAGUGUGAAGGAAGGCGAGCAAGGCCUCAGUGUUGGUUUUGUUAAGGCUGUUGAUCGUGAUGUGGGAUUGAGUGGAAAAGUGGUUUAUUCUUUUGAGAAACAGCAAGACACCAGUUUGUUCGAAUUAAAUGAUACAACCGGUGAGAUCAAGACUGCUGUAGCUCUUGAUCGCGAGACUGCUGAAAGUCACCUGUUUACAGUGGUCGCAACUGAUCAAGGUGUUCCCAAGCCUUUCAACAGCCAAGUAGAAGUACGUGUUGUAGUUGAAGACAUCAACGAUAAUCGACCAGUGUUUACGAGUAAAGAAGUUGAAUUGGUUUUGAGCCUCUAUACACAACCUGGACCUAUUUUAAGUCUAAAGGCCGAGGAUGAAGACACUGGUAAAAAUGCCAUGAUGGCCUAUACAAUAUCACAGGGAAAUGACCGAAACCUGUUCUGGAUCAAUUCAACGAGCGGAGAAUUGUUGCUCGUCGCUCCUUUAACUGUUACAGCUAACGACUCAGUUGUGCUCGUCGUGAGUGCUGUUGAUAUUUUCUCUACGAAUUCGUCUCUCCGAGACACUGCAGUCGUGAAGAUGACGUUUUAUGAUGUGACGUCUCCAGCAGCCAGGGGUAGCUCUGUUGCUUUAAUCUCUGGUGUUAGUGUGGGUGGUGUUCUCUUCAUUGCCAUCAUAGCUGUUCUUAGCUUAUGGUUAUGGAAAAGACGAAAAAGCCAAAGAAAAUAUGAAGCAAUACCUGUAAUUAAUACAGACCAAACGCCCUUUGAAUAUGAACGAAAGAUUUAUACUGUAGGAGAUACAGCAAGAAGAUCGUCGUUUGAAAUUUACCCUCCACUGAAGGAUGCAGCUAGGUCACCUGGGACUCCUCCAGACUCUCAGAUCAGCCUGGAUCUCAGUACAAUCGACUAUGCGUUACAUCCAUUCUCCCUAGUAUCUAAAAGACCGGGGUUGUCACAUAGUGCACCUUCUACACCUACAAAGGAAUUGAGACGCAGUCGAGGCUCUCACGUUAGCUUAGACCUGACCGAAAUUAGAUCUCAAUCAUUAUCAGCUCUACCGUCUCCGGAACGAAAGGCCAAAGACGGAAGGUACAGCUUUGGAUCUCAUGUUAGCUUGGACUUAGGUCAAGAAGAACCUGAAUUUAUAACUGAAAUCGCACAAGUUAGCCUUAAGCUUGGUGGAAUGAAACACGAGAGUCAAUUGAUAUCGCAAUGUUCCUCAGAAGACUUGCGUACAUCAACUGGUGGUUCUAAGGGACACAUGGACCUUCCCAAAGAUGAUGCAUCCUUUAUAUCGUCCAUUGGGUCUUUGAGGUCUCUACAAACAAACCGUUCCCAAGGCUUUCAAAGUAAGCCCUCUAUCGAGCUUGACACACAUCAGGAUGCAAGUGAGAAGCAUUUCUCGACAGACAAACAUCUUAGUGCCAGGAACUCAAGAUAUGCAAAACCAGCUACUCUGGAAGUGGAAGCAAGAGGUCAACCUCACAUUCAAGAGAUUUCCUCACUGCUCUCAGAAGAUGUAUCCGAGCCACGUGAUGAUUUAAGGACAAGUGUCAGUGGAAGAUCUAGAGUCAGCUUAGGCUCCAGUCAUUCCUUAGAAGCGGAUACCACACAUCAGGAAUUAGAAAUUCAACUUCUACCCGAGUCAUGGCCGCAGAAAUCGGAAGGUGUGCUUACUGCUUCACUACAAACACAGGAAUCAGCAGCAAUCAUUUCUGAAACCGCACAUGGUAGCCUUGAGCUUGUUGAAGGAGAACACGAGAGUCCAUUGCUAUCGCAACGUUCCUCAGAGGACUCGGGUACAUCAUCUGGCGGUUCUAAGGGAGACAUUGACCUUCCUAGAGAUAAUGCAUCCGUCAUAUCGUCCAUUGGGUCUUUGAGGUCUCUACAAACGAAACGUUCCCAAGGCUUCCAAAGUGAUCCCUCUAUCGAACUUCAGACACAUCAGGAAGCAAUUGAGCAGCAUGUCUCGACAGACAAACAUCUUAGUGCCAGGAACUUAAGAUAUGCAAAACCAGCUACUCUAGAAGUGGAAGCCAGAGGUCAACCUCACGUUCAACAGAUUUCCUCACUGCUCUCAGAAGAUGUAUCCGAACCACGUGAUGAUUUAAGGACAAGUGUCAGUGGAAGAUCUAGAGUCAGCUUAGGCUCCGCUCAUUCCUUAGAAGCGGAUACCACACAUCAGGAAUCAGAAAUUCAACUUCUACCCGAGUCAUUGAUGCAGAAAUCGGAAGGUGUGCUUACUGCUUCACUGCAAACACAGGAAUCAGCAGUAAUCAUUUCUGAAACCGUACAUGGUAGCCUUGAGCUUGGUGAGGGAGACCACGAGAGUCAAUUGCUAUCGCAAUGUUCCUCAGAGGACUCGCGUACAUCAUCUGGUGGUACUAAGGGAGACAUUGACCUUCCUAGAGAUAAUGCAUCCGUCAUAUCGUCCAUCGGGUCUCGGAGGUCUCUACAAACAAAGCGUUCCCAAGGCUUCCAAAGUGAUCCCUCUAUCGAGCUUGAGACACGUCAGGAUUCAAGUGAGCAGCAUUUCUCAAUAGACGAACAUCUUCGUAGCAGGAACUUAAGACAGGCAAAACCAGCUACCCUAGAAGUGGAAGCCAGAGGUCAACCUCACGUUCAACAGAUUUCCUCACUUCAAUCGUGUAAGGAAACGCCACAUGAGACUGUUUCUCUUCCUAUCGUUAUUGGAAAUAAAGAAAACGUAACGCCAGAAGGUGAUCGAAAACUUCCUAUACAGAACUUGAAUCGGUCUAUUUCUCUCCCACAUAUGGCGUACUCUCCAACUGAAGAACCAGACCAGACAGUUAGAGCCGAGAUUAGCACUGAAGCUGAAGAAGAAUCUCUUUUCCUUCCCACUUUGGUUUCUGCUGCGAUUCAAUCAUAUGCAAAAUUGCAGCCAGUCAAGUCCAAAAAGGCACGAAUUCCUGUGAAGGUAAAGAAAGCUUUCAAGUUUAUGACGCCUGAAAAAGAGCCCAAACGAUAUUCAAAGUUUCAUCAAGAAGGUUCGUCGGAUGAUUCCAACGAUACUACGCAAGAACCGGAAACGUUUACUCCACGAAGGUGGUUCCCUCUGUUUGGCCGUAAGAGGAAAAUGUCUUCGUCACAUCUUCCAACGACGGGACAACUCCCAGACGCCCUGCCUCAGGCACAAACAGAAUUAGGUGCUUUACCUUUUCCUGAUAGGUCCAGAGCUAUGCGGCAAUCAGUCGCCGAAAUCAUGCUCUCAGAAGAUGUAUCCGAAACACGUGAUGAUUCAAGGACGAGUGUCAGUGGAAGAUCUAUAGUCAGUUUAGGCUCCAGUCAUUCCUUAGAAGCGGAUACCCCACCUCAGGAAUCCGAAAUUCAACUUCGGCCGGAGUCAUUGAUGCAGAAAUCGGAAGGUGUGCUUACUGCUUCUCUAAAAACACAGGAAUCAGCAGCAAUCAUUACUGAAAUCGCACAUGGUAGCCUUGAGCUUGUUGAAGGAGAACACGAGAGUCCAUUGCUAUCGCAACGUUCCUCAGAGGACUCGGGUACAUCAUCUGGUGGUUCUAAGGGAGACAUUGACCUUCCUAGAGAUAAUGCAUCCGUCAUAUCGUCCAUUGGGUCUUUGAGGUCUCUACAAACGAAACGUUCCCAAGGCUUCCAAAGUGAUCCCUCUAUCGAACUUCAGACACAUCAGGAAGCAAUUGAGCAGCAUGUCUCGACAGACAAACAUCUUAGUGCCAGGAACUUAAGAUAUGCAAAACCAGCUACUCUAGAAGUGGAAGCCAGAGGUCAACCUCACGUUCAACAGAUUUCCUCACUGCUCUCAGAAGAUGUAUCCGAACCACGUGAUGAUUUAAGGACAAGUGUCAGUGGAAGAUCUAGAGUCAGCUUAGGCUCCGCUCAUUCCUUAGAAGCGGAUACCACACAUCAGGAAUCAGAAAUUCAACUUCUACCCGAGUCAUUGAUGCAGAAAUCGGAAGGUGUGCUUACUGCUUCACUGCAAACACAGGAAUCAGCAGUAAUCAUUUCUGAAACCGUACAUGGUAGCCUUGAGCUUGGUGAGGGAGACCACGAGAGUCAAUUGCUAUCGCAAUGUUCCUCAGAGGACUCGCGUACAUCAUCUGGUGGUACUAAGGGAGACAUUGACCUUCCUAGAGAUAAUGCAUCCGUCAUAUCGUCCAUCGGGUCUCGGAGGUCUCUACAAACAAAGCGUUCCCAAGGCUUCCAAAGUGAUCCCUCUAUCGAGCUUGAGACACGUCAGGAUUCAAGUGAGCAGCAUUUCUCAAUAGACGAACAUCUUCGUAGCAGGAACUUAAGACAGGCAAAACCAGCUACCCUAGAAGUGGAAGCCAGAGGUCAACCUCACGUUCAACAGAUUUCCUCACUUCAAUCGUGUAAGGAAACGCCACAUGAGACUGUUUCUCUUCCUAUCGUUAUUGGAAAUAAAGAAAACGUAACGCCAGAAGGUGAUCGAAAACUUCCUAUACAGAACUUGAAUCGGUCUAUUUCUCUCCCACAUAUGGCGUACUCUCCAACUGAAGAACCAGACCAGACAGUUAGAGCCGAGAUUAGCACUGAAGCUGAAGAAGAAUCUCUUUUCCUUCCCACUUUGGUUUCUGCUGCGAUUCAAUCAUAUGCAAAAUUGCAGCCAGUCAAGUCCAAAAAGGCACGAAUUCCUGUGAAGGUAAAGAAAGCUUUCAAGUUUAUGACGCCUGAAAAAGAGCCCAAACGAUAUUCAAAGUUUCAUCAAGAAGGUUCGUCGGAUGAUUCCAACGAUACUACGCAAGAACCGGAAACGUUUACUCCACGAAGGUGGUUCCCUCUGUUUGGCCGUAAGAGGAAAAUGUCUUCGUCACAUCUUCCAACGACGGGACAACUCCCAGACGCCCUGCCUCAGGCACAAACAGAAUUAGGUGCUUUACCUUUUCCUGAUAGGUCCAGAGCUAUGCGGCAAUCAGUCGCCGAAAUCAUGCUCUCAGAAGAUGUAUCCGAAACACGUGAUGAUUCAAGGACGAGUGUCAGUGGAAGAUCUAUAGUCAGUUUAGGCUCCAGUCAUUCCUUAGAAGCGGAUACCCCACCUCAGGAAUCCGAAAUUCAACUUCGGCCGGAGUCAUUGAUGCAGAAAUCGGAAGGUGUGCUUACUGCUUCUCUAAAAACACAGGAAUCAGCAGCAAUCAUUACUGAAAUCGCACAUGGUAGCCUUGAGCUUGUUGAAGGAGAACACGAGAGUCCAUUGCUAUCGCAACGUUCCUCAGAGGACUCGGGUACAUCAUCUGGUGGUUCUAAGGGAGACAUUGACCUUCCUAGAGAUAAUGCAUCCGUCAUAUCGUCCAUUGGGUCUUUGAGGUCUCUACAAACGAAACGUUCCCAAGGCUUCCAAAGUGAUCCCUCUAUCGAACUUCAGACACAUCAGGAAGCAAUUGAGCAGCAUGUCUCGACAGACAAACAUCUUAGUGCCAGGAACUUAAGAUAUGCAAAACCAGCUACUCUAGAAGUGGAAGCCAGAGGUCAACCUCACGUUCAACAGAUUUCCUCACUGCUCUCAGAAGAUGUAUCCGAACCACGUGAUGAUUUAAGGACAAGUGUCAGUGGAAGAUCUAGAGUCAGCUUAGGCUCCGCUCAUUCCUUAGAAGCGGAUACCACACAUCAGGAAUCAGAAAUUCAACUUCUACCCGAGUCAUUGAUGCAGAAAUCGGAAGGUGUGCUUACUGCUUCACUGCAAACACAGGAAUCAGCAGUAAUCAUUUCUGAAACCGUACAUGGUAGCCUUGAGCUUGGUGAGGGAGACCACGAGAGUCAAUUGCUAUCGCAAUGUUCCUCAGAGGACUCGCGUACAUCAUCUGGUGGUACUAAGGGAGACAUUGACCUUCCUAGAGAUAAUGCAUCCGUCAUAUCGUCCAUCGGGUCUCGGAGGUCUCUACAAACAAAGCGUUCCCAAGGCUUCCAAAGUGAUCCCUCUAUCGAGCUUGAGACACGUCAGGAUUCAAGUGAGCAGCAUUUCUCAAUAGACGAACAUCUUCGUAGCAGGAACUUAAGACAGGCAAAACCAGCUACCCUAGAAGUGGAAGCCAGAGGUCAACCUCACGUUCAACAGAUUUCCUCACUUCAAUCGUGUAAGGAAACGCCACAUGAGACUGUUUCUCUUCCUAUCGUUAUUGGAAAUAAAGAAAACGUAACGCCAGAAGGUGAUCGAAAACUUCCUAUACAGAACUUGAAUCGGUCUAUUUCUCUCCCACAUAUGGCGUACUCUCCAACUGAAGAACCAGACCAGACAGUUAGAGCCGAGAUUAGCACUGAAGCUGAAGAAGAAUCUCUUUUCCUUCCCACUUUGGUUUCUGCUGCGAUUCAAUCAUAUGCAAAAUUGCAGCCAGUCAAGUCCAAAAAGGCACGAAUUCCUGUGAAGGUAAAGAAAGCUUUCAAGUUUAUGACGCCUGAAAAAGAGCCCAAACGAUAUUCAAAGUUUCAUCAAGAAGGUUCGUCGGAUGAUUCCAACGAUACUACGCAAGAACCGGAAACGUUUACUCCACGAAGGUGGUUCCCUCUGUUUGGCCGUAAGAGGAAAAUGUCUUCGUCACAUCUUCCAACGACGGGACAACUCCCAGACGCCCUGCCUCAGGCACAAACAGAAUUAGGUGCUUUACCUUUUCCUGAUAGGUCCAGAGCUAUGCGGCAAUCAGUCGCCGAAAUCAUGCUCUCAGAAGAUGUAUCCGAAACACGUGAUGAUUCAAGGACGAGUGUCAGUGGAAGAUCUAUAGUCAGUUUAGGCUCCAGUCAUUCCUUAGAAGCGGAUACCCCACCUCAGGAAUCCGAAAUUCAACUUCGGCCGGAGUCAUUGAUGCAGAAAUCGGAAGGUGUGCUUACUGCUUCUCUAAAAACACAGGAAUCAGCAGCAAUCAUUACUGAAACCGCACAUGGAAGCCUUGAGCUUGGUGAAGGAGAACAUAAGAUUCCAAUGUUAUCGCAAUGUUCCUCAGAGGACUCGCGUACAUCAUCUGGUGCUACUAAGAGAGACAUUGACCUUCCUAGAGAUGAUGCAUCCCUUAUAUCCUCCGUUGGGUCUUGGAGGUCUCUACGAACAAACCAUUCUCGAGGCUUCCAAAGUGAUCCCUCUAUCGAGCUUGAGACACAUCAGGAAGCAAGUGAGCAGCAUUUCUCGACAGACGAACAUCUUAGUCGCAGAAACCUAAGAUAUGCAAAACCAUCUACUCUAGAAGUGGAAGCAAGAGGUCAACCUCACGUUCAACAGAUUUCCUCACUGCUCUCAGAGGAUGUAUCCGAACCACGUGAUGAUUUAAGGACAAGUGCCAGUGGAAGAUCUAGAGUCAGCUUAGGCUCCGCUCAUUCCUUAGAAGCGGAUACCACACAUCAGAAAUCCGAAAUUCAACUUUUGUCGGAGUCAUUAAUGCAGAAAUCGGAAGGUGUGCUUACUGCUUCUUUAAAAACACAGGAGUCAGCAGCAAUCAUUACUGAAACCGCCCAUGGUAGCCUUGAGCUUGGUGAAGGAGACCACGAGAGUCCAUUGUUAUCGCAAUGUUCCUCAGAGGACUCGCGCACAUCUUCUGGUGGUUCUAAGGGAGACAUUGACCUUCCUAGAGAUGAUGCAUCCUUCAUAUCGUCCAUCGGGUCUUGGAGGUCUCUACAAACAAAGCGUUCCCAAGGCUUCCAAAGUGAUCCCUCUAUCGAGCUUGAGACACAUCAGGAUUCAAGUGAGGAGUAUUUCUCGACAGACGAAUUUCCUGGUCGCGAGAGCUUACAAUCAUCUAAACCAGAUACUUUAGAAUUGAUUGCCAAAGAUCAACCUCUCGGAGUUGAAUUGUUACCGUCCGGCUCUUUCGAGGACGAUUCCCUUUCCCUUCAGCAAAGAAGCAUUGAAGAUCAAGGAAAAUCUCAAUCAUCAUACACAAAAUUCCAACAGGAAGGUUCGUCUGAUGAUUCUGAAGAUACUACGCAAGAACCAGAAACCUCUACUCCACGAAAGACGUUUCUUUUGUUUGGCCGUAAGAAGAAAAAGUCUUGGUCACGCGGUAAGACUUCGAGGCAUGAUUUUCUGCCUCAAACAGAAUCGGGUGUUUUGCCUGCUCCUUCUACCCAACAAGAGAAUGCGCCAGAAGAAACUACCUCAUCGGUUUCUCACCACUCACCUUCAAGGGGUUAUACUCUAUCUUUGCAGUCAAGCGAACAUAGAGCAGCAUCGACGUCUUCCUUCAGUACGACGCGUACCGUCGAAUGGACAGCUCAGUCCCAAACCUCGGAUACUGAUCUAUCAGCGUUGCAACCACCUAUGGAUACUUCAGACCCUGAACGUUUGCAGCAUACAAGCCCGUCGUGGUUAAGACGAGACAGUAGAGAACCGCUAUCCUUGGACGAGACCCAUGACAAUGCAGCUGACGCCUCUUCCUCAGGGCUUUUGAGUCCGGAACUGUCGAGUCCACGAGUUUCAAGGCAAGAAACAUCGCAUGCGGGUAUUUGCAUGCUGAUGUCUAGUGUGAAUAACCUACUCAUCAGCGGAGAACGACCUCGCGAUGACGACACAAGCAGUGAGUCAGAUAAGUAGCAAUGAAGAGAACUGUAUUACAGUUGAUCCAACUGUAAGGCUACCUAUACAGCUUCCGUCUACUUUCCGAAGAGGAGAAUUAACGUUUAUCCUUGUGGAAUGAUGCCCGGUUCAUACUAGAAUUCUGCAAAAAUUGUAAAUGGAUAUUUAAAUGCGGUGACGCGUAGAUAUGGAGUGCCUCAAUGAUAAUAUUGUUAUUUUAACGCCAGCAGUAACUUUUGGGUAAUGAAGUCACAAAAACCGUGAUAAAUUACUAGAUACUUUUCUGUGAUGAGUUUCGAUGAGAUAAUAUGCAUGCGCGGACUCCCUAGUUAGAUUUCUUUUACACUGUCGCUGACGCCCUCUCAGUAAUCGAGCUACAGUUGUUUUUAAGAUAAUAGUUGCAGUCUUAUGAUUAAUGAUGCAUGGGAUCAGAGUCAGUCAUUGUCGGUAGCAAGGCAAAUUGCACAUACAAGGACGUUUAUGUAGGUAAAUAAACAGGAUAUUAAACACAGAUUGGCGAAACACAGAUGUUUAUGCAGAUCUUCUUUUUUCUUAAUAUUUAUUACCAUAAAAGCCAGUAAUCUUUGUCUACUAUUCCAACCCAACAUUACAACUUCAAUUGCUAUUUCGCUUUAAAGCGCAUACAACGUACAAGAUUGUGUCCAUUUUAAAAUUAUUCAUACAUUACUAUUAUAAAACGCUUUUCAUCUGUUCUACAAACUAUUUAGGAUUAAGACUGACUGAGUAGUGUCCAACUUCGAGCUUCAUUUGUUUUAGUGCUUCAUUGUUGUUUGAAACGAAAGGGAAGUGGAUACUCGGACAAAA